AGCGGCAUCAUCAUCAGUGGUAAAAAAAAAAAAAAAAAGUUGGACUGAAAGUACACAUUCAGUAAGGAAACUGAUGCGCGUAAGAAGGGAUGCCAGCCAGGCGUGGCUUGUGUUUGAAUAUCCAAUGUGAGAAUGCGUGGGGAGCAUGUAUAUAAUAGAGUCUUUCCAUCUGAUAAACAGAGAUAUCAAACUGAUGAUUAUAGCAAAGGACGAUCAAUAAACUGAAAGGACGCCUCUGGUUUUGGAGAAGCACGGCGCGCUGGGUUCACUUUGUGCGUGCAUGGACUGGACUUGUGUUUAAAACUUUUCUUUCCUUACUUGAGACACCGAUAGAUUUUUUAAAUGCCGUCGCUAAAUUUGACAGCUGUGCACACAAUGGCAGAGGUGGGGAGUUUUUUGGGGACAAUCGACUUGGAUUUACAAAGCUUUCCUGCACUCGGGAAUAUGCCUCUGCCGGAGUCUCCAGUGGGCUUGAAUGAGCGACUGGGGCAGAUUGAAGGGAGGCUGCAGCGGGGGUCGCCGACGGAUUUCGGGCACCUCAAAGGGAUCCUGAGGCGGCGGCAGCUCUACUGCAGGACCGGCUUUCAGCUGGAGAUAUUCCCUAAUGGGACUGUGUAUGGGACGAGACAGGACCACAGCAGAUUUGGUAUCCUGGAGUUCAUCAGUCUGGCAGUGGGUCUGGUCAGCAUCAGAGGAGUGGACGCUGGACUUUACCUCGGCAUGAAUGAGAAAGGAGAGCUCUAUGGGUCGAAGAAGCUGACAGCAGAAUGUGUGUUCAGGGAGCAGUUUGAGGAGAACUGGUACAACACCUAUGCUUCAACUCUGUACAAGCACACGGACACGGGACGCUUCUACUACGUGGCCUUAAACAAGGACGGCUCGCCCAGGGAGGGCGGCAGGACUAAAAAACACCAGAAACUCACCCACUUCUUACCCAGGCCGGUGGAGAUUGAAAAGAUCCCUCAGGCGUACAGGGACUUAUUCCAGUACAGGUGACCAGUGCUUACACUGGGAGAACUGGUUACAGUAGGAGGAAUAGAAAUAAAAGAAGAGGAGAGAGAGGGUGUUGUGGAUCAUUUGGACCUGGUACAGAACUCUUCACUCUCAACUCCCCCCGAGGUCACUGUGUUUGCACCUCAGCCCACCACCAAGCACGUCACAGCACUGACAUAAACAUUGUGCAUGUUUCCUGGAUGUCACUUCUUUGCCUCUGUAGUGGACUUGUGACCUGAAAGAGAUGGAGGAGGGGGAGUGAUCUUGUAAAACCACUGUGGACAUGGACAGUUGAGGCAUGAUCACCCAGCUGUGAGGGCGAUCAGGACGUUCCAAUCAGGUGCCAUGUUUUCUCAGUAAACCACUUAAACGCGUAGAUACUGAAGCGACGUGCAGCAACAAGCGGAGUCGUGGAUCUUGGCGGUUUUUGCGUAGCACUAAGCUGGUGUGUAAAAAAAAAAGAAAAAAAGAAUGGUUGACUAAUGAGGACACCAAGAAGAGACUUUUAGGAGCUUUAAAUGACGGAAAGCACUGCAGAUGUCACAUUGUGCAUUUGUCAUGCACUGUACACAGUCAUGGUAAAUGUAAGAAAGGGCACAUUCCACAUACAGAGAGAUAGAUAGUAGAGGAAGGGUCAGAAAUACUCAAACGAUUUGCUACAUGCAUGUUAGGUGACAGGUUGGGAUAGUCAGGUACUAAAGAGUCUGUAAGGUGAGUGUGUGCGCGAGGCAGAACUGGAGUUUUAUUAAGUUGUCUCCAAAAGAAAGGAUGAAAGAUGGGGAAUAAUAAUGUCUCAGAUGAAUGUGAGAUAGUUGAAAGAGCACUUACUGCACAUCCCCAGUCCCAGCUGUAGGCUCGCUUGUUCUCCCAUGUAAUCAUCUGAGUCUAAUGAUCUCAUUCAUCACAUUUAAAUAAAAUAUCAAGCAGCGUCUUGUAGGAGUUGUAUGCAAAACAAGUGAUUAAGCUCGGGACAAAAGCACUUCUCUGACUGUGGUUGUAAAGUAUAAGUGAUGUGGGUUUUUCUUUUAAAGGAUGGUGACUUGUAAUGUUCAGAGUGUCGGGAACAUUAUUAAAAAUGCAAGCAGCUGAGGUGUACAUAUGGGUGAUCCUAUUUAUGAGAUGUACAAUAUAUUUAUUUUCUACGUAUAAAGUAAAAAUAUAAAUCUAUAUAUUUAUUUAUUGCAAAGACUUUAUUUUGUAAUGAACUUGAAGUUAUCUGGACUGUAGAUUCUACUGAAAUUACACCCCCAAAAAACAAAAAAACAACAAAAAAAAAACUGCAAUGAACAUGACAAUAAAAUUGUCCUGCUAUCGAGAACUCAUUGUGAGAGACUAUUUUUGCUUGGAUAAAAAUGUGAUGUACCAAUUAA